AUGGAUGUUACAUGGCCACAUUCGCCAGUAAACCCAUUUCUUGUGCCCAACAUCAACACGAACGGGAUCUUCCGUAAACCAUCGCCUCUGAUCCCAGCAUCUCCGCUUUCAGUUUUUGAUCAAGCAUUGUCACCAACAUCAUCUACCACACGGCAAACCUUCCCGUUACCGCCAUCUCCUAUGCCAUCGCCGAGCUUUUUGUUUCCCCGCAUACCACCGCCUUGCCCGGGU